UCCCGGUGCUCCGAUGAAGAAGAUAAUUGCCAUCACCGCCAUGAUGCUGGCCACCGCCUUCAUCGUGGCGGCCGAGCAAGAGGCGGGAGCCUGCAUUGUGGAGACAUCCGACGUCCCUGGCGCCGCAAAUCCCUGCAUCUGCUCCGAGAACUGCGCCUGCGCCGGCAAGUGCAUCCUGAAUGCCGGCGACGGCGCGGGUGACGUCCAGACCUGCUUCGUCGAGUGCGUGCUGAAGAACGGCUGCGGCGGCUGCCCAGUACCCUGGACAAGACCCCUCCCGGCCACCUUGGACCAGACCCUGAGCCUGAAAGUGACAAGGCCUAAGCCCUCGCAGAGAUUCCACGGGAGGGAGAUGCUUCGCAUCAUCUUCGACGUCGAGCCCCAUGGCACGGACACCCCAGUGAUUGAGGUGUACUUAUAUGUGCCGGAGGGCAAAGAUACUAGCGACAGCUCCCAGCACUACUUGCUUACGUUUCCGCAGAAGCCAAGCGACCCGGGGGCAAUCAUGGACAUACGCGGCGUGCUGCGGCAAAUAGGAGCGGACGACGGCGACGAGACCAUUGAGGUGUUGUUCGUGCCCAAGGCCUGGGGAGAAAGGGUUACUAUAACCAGUGUCAAGAUCGAGUAGAUGAUUCUGGUGCAGGUCGUCCGUAUACUCUAUAUUUCUAACAGUUGUGGUGUGUGUCCUCCGUUUGUUUUGCUACCGUAUUUGCACAAAUAAAGAACAACUAUAUGUGUAACAGGGCAAAAAUAAAUCUCUA